AUGUCCCAAGACGAAGUGGCAGACAGUGAUGUCAAUUGCGACAUGGCGGCUCGCCUUGCGGACCUCAUCAUCUUCCGUGACCAGGCGAAACGUCGCAUCGCCGAGCUGGAGGCCACCGUGGAGGCGUUGGAGCAAACCCUAUCUGAAACCCGUAGGAACGACUCUCGCCCGGGCGCCAGAAUGCGGCGUCUACUCUCCGCGCCUCUACUUGACCAACCAUUUAAGGAGGAUGGCGUGCAGCAGAUAUGCAACUGGAACGAGGAGCUUGUCGGUACCGUGAACGAGCUGCGUGGGGCCAUGCUGAAGAUGGAGACCGAGGCCAAGAUCCAGCUUGUUGUGCUCAAGGACGAGGUGGACCGACUGCGUCUGGAGAAUGAUUCACUGCGCCGUGAGAACAAUGCGCUAAAGGAGCGGGUUGCGGAUGAUGUGUUACGACAACGGCAAACAAAUCGUGUGGAGAUGGCGUUUGAAAAGGCCAAAAUUGCUUCUCGAGUCCGUGCGGCAGGGCUACGCCGCCUGGAGUGCAUGGAAGCGGUGUUGAUGGAGACCCAUGAUGAUCUCUAUUAUGCUCAAAGGUUUGAUGCGGCGAAACUUCCUGUUCGCGAAGUGACGUUUGUUAUUCACGUUGUGGCGAAUGGACCAUCCCUACACCUGAGUGGAUGGGAGUUUACGAUGGCCAUAUACCAGGAUCUUUUGCUGGGAGCGGCCAGGCAGUACAGCGGAUACCACGUCUGUAGCACAAAGCAAAUAGAGGUGUUUGCCUUCCACAGUGCCACAGCCGCCCUUUACUUUGCAAAUGAGUGCCACAUUGGGGUUGCAAAUCUCCCAUGGCCGACACGCACCACAGAUAUUCCCUUUUUUGCGCCUAUUAUUGACAACGGGGAGUUGCUCUACAGCGGUCCUCGCAUGCACACUUGCAUCUAUACAUGUACCCCGGGGUCAGAAGUGGACCCUAUCAAUGGACGGCAAUUGUACUACGGGCAGGAGGUUAGGGACGCCGUCACCACGGCGUUGCAAGAUGCUCCCCUCGGUGAAAUGGUGGCAAACAAGACAUGGGCGACAAGGAUUUGCAAAGAAACAAACAUUGUGAAUGACGUUCACGACAUUACCCCCGUAGACAUCAGCCAUCUCCGUGACAAAUUGGGUGCUGGAUGGAGCAUCAUAGCGGUAAAACAUGCUGCGGCGGAUCUGUUCUGUUCCGUUCUUCCCAAAUCCCUUGAGCACCGCCGCGGGCUGCCGCCAUAUCAACUUGACCCUUCCCCUCUAUUUUCACGUGGCAUUAUUGAUGUGGAUGCCUUGCUUCCAGAAGUUAUUGCCUCCAUGAAAGGCGUGUCACGGCUCACCCUUGUUGGCACUCAAAAACAGCAGCAGCAGCCGUCGUUGCCGCCGCCGCAGCAGCAGCAGCAGCAGCAAACGCAACUGCAGCUGCAGUCACAACCAAAGCUGCAGAUGCAACAGCAGCAGGAAGGGUGGGUUGACGGUCUCUACCGUCAGAGGCAGCGUGCGGCUGAAAAGGGAGACACUUCUUGCACGGAUGUGCUUUCACUUUAUUCGCUGCGGCAGGAAAGGGAAAACAUCAUAUGUCUUUACAAGAGGGUUGAAGCAGUUGUCGCCUUUCAGGAACAGACGGCGAUGGAGGCAGAGGACUUGUAUUUUGCCCGAACCCAGAACAUUGACCCAGGUGAAACGUUGUACGUGUGUACAGUUGAUAUCGGAAGUGAUGCAUCCUGGCGAACGAUUAGUAAGGCAUCUAUGAAUUUGGAAGAGCAUUGCCACCUGCGGGAUCAACUGUUGUCGUCUGUUAUUGUAAAUGGGAGGAAUAAUUCCGGUGUUCACGUGAAUGGCAACACGAAGGACAUUUUCAGCUUCGCCUUUCGACGGCCAGAACAUGUUCUGCGCUUUGCCGCCCAGCUUUACACCGUGGUGAGUCAGAACUGCGAAGCGCUCACCAAGUCAAACUUGUGCCUCAUGAGAGCCGGUAUCACGAUGGGGCAGCUGCGUGUCAUGAACGACGUAAAAGCCGCCACCACGACCGCCGACUGCAGGGUGGCUCCCAUGCUACUUUGCCGCGGUAAAACGCUAGCUCGUUCUGGUCGUCUGUGUGAGGCGGCAGGCGACGGGGAAAUUCUCGCUGCUUCCGACGUCAUCCAGGCCUUCUACGCGACGAGGUCGAACCUUGCGAGCAUGGAGUACAACGUGGUGCGGAAUGGCGGUCUCUUUCUCGGGUCGUGCUCCGCGCUGGUGGACGUGUAUUCUGUGCUGCCCAAGUCUUACGCGUUCAGGCGUAAGACACGUAAACCCUUGGGGGAGGAGGCUGGUGGAGAAGAGCCGGAAACCCCGCGUCGCUCCGUCAGGGCGGCUCUGCAGCUUAACGAUCGAGUCAUGGCCCGCGACGAAGUGGAGCGGCUUCUACUGCAGCAACAACAAAUCCUGGAGAGGGCAGAAGCGGCAAGGAUGGCCGCGGAAGACACUGCCUGGAGUCUCACCGCUCAGCAGAGCCUCCGUCUGCCGUGGGCUGUCGUUAAGAAAUCCGGCGUCACAUGCACGACACCAGAGUUGGGUUUCUUCUUCUGCGACGCUGCAGAAAUGUUCGCACUCGCGGCUGCAAUCUCAGAUGAAUUAUACAGGGAGGUUGUGGCCCAGUACAAUCACGUUGUGAAGGCUGCGGUGCUGGCUCACGAUGGGUUUAUCGCCAAGACAAAUUCUGUCGCGGCAUACAUUGUUGUCUUCAACGAGCCUCAGUCUGCCUUGGAAGCGGCGCUGCAAAUUCAACGCACACUUUUAACGCUGGACUGGCCACAAAAACUAAUGAAAUUGGAGGCCACACUUUAUGUACGAAGUUCAAAGACGGGCAUUAUGUUGUUUAAUGGUGUCCGUGCAAAAAUGGCGGUCCACGUGUCUAACGAUUAUCAAUGUAACAGAACAUCUCAUGGAGACGACUGCGUUUUCGUGGACGUAUACGGUCCGGCUAUAGAAACAGUUGCGGAUGCCGGUUUUCGUGCAUGCGGUGGUGAGAUACUUGCGACGCCGCUUGCUCUGUCUAGCAUCGGGUCAACGUUGCAGGGUUCACUGCUCCUGCUGCAGGUUGCCAUGCAGGUGGCGAAAACGCAGCCGUUGAGUAAACUGGCACUUGCAUCAUGUGUGCCGCGGCAGUUGUGGGAGCGCCUUGAUCUCUUUACCCCUCCCGCGUCGGAGUCGGAGAAUACAUGGCAGGAAUCCAGUUCCUCGGGGAAGCAUUUAAAGAAGACGGAGAAGAAAACAUUAUGGUGGCAGGAAGCAAACAGUUCCCAGUGUCCUCUUCCGCCCUCCCGUCAGGCGGCAUGGGGGGCGAAACAAACCGCGUCCCGCGGUACCAUUCCUGCCUCUGUACAAAUCUCCUUGGAGGAGGUUGCAGGCUACAUCAGGCGGGAACUUUCCGCCGCCGUUGACUUGAGCACGUUUCGUGAGAGUUUUUUGACCACCAUCCGCGACUCUCUCGUGGGUUUGAGUAACGCCUUUCGGGCGCUAGAAGACGCAUUCGCCAGGGUGAAUCCAAUGUCACAACCGCCAUCAAUGGCUCCGACAGCGGCAGCAAAGCGCUUUGACAUGCCAUCUAGUGACUGUGGUAAUCGCAUGUCCGUGACCCUUCGCUCUUCUGCAGAUAUUUUUAAGAAAAGGAGCCGCGGCAGCAAUAUCGGCACUCCACUGCCGCUGUCAAGCUCGCCUGAUCCGUAUAAGAAUGCGCUGCAUCUUUUGGACGGCACGUUGAGGGGAGCCUUGCACCGGGUGAGCCGCGCCUUAGGCGUGAGUGGCGGCGUGCAUUUGUCGUCUCAGUCGAAUCCCAUGAGGGGGUCUAAGUCACUGUACAGUCACGGAACUUCGGGGCUUCGCAAGCCACUGAAGCCCACCUAG